AGUCAGCCAUUUCAUUCUAUAGGCUAGACGCAAUGUAAACAAUCGGCCACGUACAUUGUCUUCUAGUACAAAGUUCUACCAUUGUGCCAAUUGCAAGCUACGUAAAACCGGUUUGAGUGAAGUUCGUGAUCGACCUGCACUAGAACAACGGCGACCUCGAAAGCCUAGAAACGCGUAGUCUGGCAAAAAACCAACCCACAAGUAGAAAGGGGAGACAUACACAUGUUUACAGCCGGGGUAUGUUACUGCGCACGCGCAAACUUUAUGCGUGUAAAAAUCUGCGCUUGCGUCAUAUCUUCGUCUUGGUGUCACUCAUAAUCGCCGCAGAUCCGCAACAUCUUGUGCUAGAAGCAAGAAUGGACGAUUGUGGUGACGUGUUUGAUCGCCGUGGUCAUUCGGUUGCUUGUGUUACACCAUCAGAUGACGCAGUAGCCAUCAUACAGUGUAUUUGCUGGUCGUCAUCUCGUUCUGUUGUCUCCAGUUCAGGUUUCUACCAGUGGAAUUUUUAUCAUCCAUCUGCCCUUCAUGCUGGAUUACCAAAUGCAGGAGCUGUUGUAGGUACUGUUUCUCAUGAGUCAGCAAGUGCUUGUUGUGAUGGCACGUUGGGAGGUGACGGUGACAUGCAGUCACGUGUUAGACGUGAACACAUGUUGAAUCGGUUGAUGGAUGAUUUGUGUGACAGACAAGGCAACUACAAAUUCGACGUCUCACCAAAAGAAACUCACGAUUGCUGAGUCCACUAGAUGAUAGGGAUUAGAGAAAUGUUUAGCUGACUGUAUAAAGGUUGGUGAAUGAGUGAUGGAUAGUGAUGGGUUAUAGGAAUACAAGCACAGCACACAACGUUUAUUAUUGUUCAGGUGCAGAAAAUUUGAAGCCAGAUCUUCCUGUGAGAAGAAAGGCAAACAGAUUGAAGAAUUAAUUACAGAAAGGCAAAUCUUCAACAUGAAGUGGAGAGACUGAAGGAGACGAACGAACAUGCAGGAGAGACCGUUGUAUUACAAACAGAAAGCUUUUGAUAGUUUAUGAGAGACAAGAGAGACAAAAAAGUGACUAGAAUGAUAGAAGAGAAGGAAGAGCUAAAAGAAAAGAGAUGAACGUAUUGUUGAUAGAUGUACACGUCGAUGUCGAUGUCAACAUUGGAUCAUCUGAAUAUCCCUGAAUAUCCCUCAAUAACCUCAUGUUAAUCAAAGUGGUAGUAGUAGUUUUGGCUCAGACUCUAACAAACACGGAACAAAAUAUUUCAUUUCAUAAAAUUGCUACUGCAAGUGGUUAAGUUGUAGUGAAUCAAAAAAUGAUAAACUUCAUAUUCUUUUUUUUGCUUAUGCAUUUCGGAGGCAGUCCUUUCAUUAGAUGCCGUCAUGAUUCCAAUUUAUUGUAUGACUAUCACAAAAGAUUGGACAGGACGGUGAAACUGCAAAGCAAGUUGGACUGCUGUCAGUUUGGAACAGUACGAAGAAACUCAUUUUGCUAUCCUUUGACAUUUGAAGGAAUUGAUUGAGAAAGUCUGAUUUGAUUGUACACAACAAAUUCAAUGUCUUGCCGAAAGAAACUCACAAUAAUUGCAGAGUCGACUAGAUGAUACCAAACGAAUAAAGGAUGAGCAAAAUUUGCAGCUGACUGUAGAAAGGUUGGUGAAUGAGUGACGGAUAGUGAUGGGUUAUACUAGGAUUACAAACACACAGUACACAACAUUUAUUAUUGUUUAGGAGCCAAACAGAUGAAGCCAGAGCUUCAUGUGAGAAGAAAGACAUACAGAUUAAAGAAUUAAUUACAGAAAGGCAAACUCUCCAACAUGAAGUCAAGAGACUGAAGGAGAGUAACAUGCAGCAGAGACAGUUGUAUCACAAACUGAAAGCUGUUGAUAGUUUAUGUAGCAAACGACAAGAAAGACGAGAGAAGCGACUAGAAUGAGACAAGAGAAGAAAGGGCCAGAAGAAAGGGUAUAGAAGAGAUGAACGUAUUGCUGAUAAAUGUACCCGUCAAAUCGUCAACAUUGGAUCAUCUGGAUAUUCAUUCCUCCAAUGCAGCAUAUUAUUAACCUGAAAUGCAACUGAUUAGUGAGAAUGUUUGCAUUCGCUGGAUCAGCAGCAGCUAGUGGUACUUUUGGCUCAAUAUAAUGCUUACCCAACAGCCAACAAGCAGAUGUACAGCCUGGGAGACUUGCGUACUGGAUAUCAACAAAACAAGACAACUGCGAUCUGAUCUGUAAGUCAGUGGGAUCUGCGUGUGGUGUGUUGUCAGAUGGCUCACAAGGAUGACAGCCAUACAAUGAAGGCCAUUGCAGCUCUUACUGUGAACGACAGAGUUGUGAGGAGUGACGAGUACACGAGAUGUGGUCAACUAGGUAUGGUGAAAGGAGUGAUGGAUAGAGUAUAGAUAAGGUGACAUUGUGUGAGAAACUGUAGUGAACAGAUAAUACAUGUAAAUAGAAAUGCAAUUCUGUAGUGUAUUGUUACUGUGAUUAGUUUGCUUUGCCUCCAUUUCCCCAAGUAAGGUGUAAUCACA